AAGUUUUUUUUAUUUCGAUUGCUCGAUCGAAAGAAACGGAAUAAAGAUUACUAGGAAUCGAUUCUAAACUGACGUGUGUAUUAAAAGAACAGUCGUUGAGAAGUGCACUGUAACGUCAUAUUUCAUCGAAAAGGCAUUCAUUAAAAGUCAUCAAACGCUAUACUACAGUUGCUAUUCUAUGCACUGUAAAAGUUUUAUAUCACGGUGCGAACGUUACUGAUCUAAUUUUAAAUAAAAUGUUGCGACAAUAGAGAACAUUAUAUAAAUGUGUAUUCAUCAAGUAAGUUCUUAUAUAUUUUUGAUUUUAUUUUAUUACGUGCGUGCGAGUGAAUAGCUUAUCGAUAUUCGAUAGAUAAAGAGAAAGAGAGAGAGAGAGAGAGAGAGAGAGAAAGAAAGAAAGAAAGAGAGAGAGAAAGAGAUAAUGUUUGAUUUGUUGAUUGAUUGCCGGUAUCAAACGUGUUUUGAAUUAUAUAUUUGUAAACAUUUAUUUGGAAUCAUUUACAACUGUCUCUUUGAUUUAUAUAUUCUUAUUUCUAAAAUAGCAUUGAGUAAUAAAGAGUUCUAUAAAAAUUUUGCAAAUACAUAUUUCUAAUGGAAUCUUAUCGCGGUUUUAAUAUCGUGAUUGGAAUCAAUGAUUUUAUUGAUUAUGUAUACGGUAUAAAUUGUUUUCUAUGUUAGUUUAUAUGUAGAGGUUAUGAUAGUGUGAAUUAAUAAGAGUAAAGUCCGCAAGUCCCCUUUAUGUGAUAUACCUCUGACGUUACCAUUGUGUGAUAUUCUUUUUGUCAUAUAUUAGUAUUAGAUCAUCGAUGCUCUUACCAGUUUAAUAUGUAAAUCCAAGCUAUAGUAUCUAUAAAGGAAGAUAAUCUAUUACGAUUCAAAUUUUUACGUCUAACAAAUAAAAUGGAGAUACAAAAAAGAACUGCUAAAAGAAGAUCUUUUAGGAGUAUCAUGCAUCGCAUACCAGAACGUAUAUCGGAAAGAGUAGAGCGGUUUUUUUAUGUGAUCAAGAAUAGCUCUAAGACCACAGAGAUGGUUAAUAGGAAGCGUUAUGAUUAUCUUAUUUUGUCUUGGUGGAUUAUAUUGGUUUCGACAAGAAAAAAGUCCAUUAAAACUUUGGAUUCCUCCCAACUCUGACUUUGUACAUGACACAGAAUGGUUUUUGUCUAAUUUCGGAGAAGGACAAAGAGUACAGAAUAUAAUUUUGACAGGAGAUGAUGUUCUGCAGCCAGAAAUACUCGCCAAGUUGAAUGAAAUUACAAAACAAGUGAUAUUGAUCGAGGUUCCUGGUAAACGUACAUUCAUUUCAUGGACAGAUGUGUGCUUAAAAGUACCUUCUAUAACAUCUCAUAUUCGAAAGACAAGGAGUACAGAUCCUUUGGAAGAUGAUUUUUUUGAAGAAGAACCUGCCGUAAAAUUAAAUGAAACAGAAUUCGAACCAGCGGUUCACGCAGAUACUAAAUUAUAUUGUAGUAUAUAUGAAAGUUUACCAAGAGCUUGCUUUGUACAUAGUAUUCUUGAUAUUUGGGAAUAUGACAGCGAUCAGAUUGAGAAACAAACCAAACAAGAUAUCAUUACGAAGAUAAAUACUAUUAAAGUCAGUCCUACGCUUGGUCAUCCUAUGAAUUUCACUGAUCUCUUAGGCGAAAUUACGAGAGACGAAAAUGGCAGAAUCGUGUCAGCCAAAGCAAUCAAAACACAGUUCAUGGUGCGCGUGAAUUUUUCCAAUAUAGACAUGGAUACAUUUGGAAAUGAUGCUGGAACAGCUGAUUGGGCAACAGAAGAAGCAUUGAAAUGGGAAUUGGGAUUUCUGCGUACUUUAGAAGAAGCUUCCACAGAAUUGAAAAAUUGGAACAAGGAUAAUUAUCCGAAUGAAACAUUGGGUUUAUUUUACGAAGCAGGUAGAAGUUUUGGAGACAUCAGUUCGUCGACCUUGUUUCAAGAUAUAGACAAAUUAGCGAUAGGAAUAUUGUUGAUGUUUUUUUACGUUCAAUUCAUUCUUUCUAAUUUCAACUGGGUAGAAUGGAGGUUUUGUCUAACCGCAACUGGAUUACUUUGCGUUGGCGGUGCCUUCAUAAUAUCCAUAGGUAUAUGUUCCGUAAUUGGAAUUCCUUACGGUCCAGUACAUACGUCCUUACCAUUUAUGCUACUGGGCCUUGGAGUAGACGAUUUAUUCGUAAUGAUGGCGUCUUGGGAGCAAAUACAUUCGUUCGAAGAAAACAGAAAAAAAAUAUUACAUGAAAGGAUAGGUCUUACGUUGGGUCACGCGGGUUCUGCCAUUUGCAUAACAUCGUUUACCGAUGUCGUAGCAUUUAUUAUCGGUGCGUCAACGAUAUUACCGUCGCUUCAAUCAUUUUGCAUCUAUGCAGCGGUCGGAGUUCUCGUAACGUUUUUAUUGCAAAUUACAUUCUUCGUUGCUUUUUUUACCUUGGAUGCAAAACGAAUCGAAGAAAAAAGGAACGGUAUAAUACCGUGUAUUGUUCAUGAAAAUCAUGUUACGAAAAUUGUCGAUCCCAACAAAGCAUUAUCCACGAAAUUAAUAGAUCGUUUGUAUUCAAAGAUCGUUUUGACUUUACCUGGCAAAUUUAUUAUAAUAUUGAUCACGAUAAUAACAGCAUCAGCGGGUUCUGUUGGUUCGUAUCGAUUGGAACAAUGGUUUGAUCCAAUAUGGUUUUUACCAAAGGGCACACAUUUAAACGAUUAUAUUGCCGUGAGACAUCAAUAUUUUUCGCAAAAGGGUCACAGUGCUUACGUAUUUAUCGGUAACAUCGAUUAUCCAUCUGAAUUUUCUAAGAUAAUGACGCUAACGUCUAACUUGAAGAAUUUAUCAUCAGUGGAGAAAAUCGAAUCUUGGCCAGAUCAUUUUGCAAAUUUCGUUAAGAAAUUUUAUCAAGCAGAUUUAACGAAGGACGAUAUAAAACAGGAAGAUUUUCAACGAUAUUUAUCGAAAUUUCUCUUCAGUCGAGCGGGUGGAAAAUAUCAAAUGAAUUUUCGUUUCAACGGAAAACUCAAAUGUGGGGAAAACGCGCCACCAAUUUUAAUCGCUACUAUAGAAUUUUUCUUUAGGAAAUUUUCCGGCCCACACGAAUGGAUCCCAGCGAUGGAUGAUACUAAAAAAAUAGCAAGAGAAACUGGAAUCGAUGGAUUCGUUACGAUUUGGAGUAAAAUGUUUAGCACAUGGGUGACCGAUAAAUUAAUCGCGCAGGAAGUCCUACGGAAUAUUAUUUUAGCACUGAUAUGUGUAAUGGCUACUACAGCGAUAUUGAUAGCAGAACCACAAACAUGUUUUUGGAUUUUGUUGUGUGUACUUUUAACGCUACUCAAUGUAUGUGGAUUCAUGUAUUUUUGGGGUUUGACGAUCGACAUAGUCUCUUGCAUAGGUCUCGAGUUAGCGGUUGGUUUGAGCGUAGAUUAUGCGGCACACAUAGCACAUGCUUUUCUAAAUGCAUCGUCACAGGAAAAGAAAAAGGAUCAAGAUCGUAAGAUAAGAGCAUUGAUCGCAGUUAAACACAUCGGAGCUGCUGUAGCCUAUGGUGCAGGAUCAACUUUGUUAGCACUCUCGAUGUUGGCUUUUUCGGACGCCUAUGUGUUUCGUGCAUUUUUCAAAAUAUUCUUCUUGGUAAUAUUAUUUGGUCUUUGGCACGGUUUAUUUCUUUUACCCGUUGUAUUGAGCACAGUUGGUCCACGGAGUCUUCGACGUAAUAACGAACGAUCAUCGCGCGAUUUUGAUAAUUUGACGACGGCAACAACGGACGAAGAAGUAGAUAAACCGUUGAACAAGGAAACGGAAAAUUGAAAUUAUAUGUAUUUUAUCUCAUCUAUCGAAUUUUGAUUUCUGUGGGCGUGGGCGGGCGUGUGUGCGCGUUUCCACAAAGAUUAAAGAACGAAAAAAAGAAAAUCGAAAGCUCUCGCUCUGCGCCAUUUUUUUUUUCUUUAUCAAUAAUAUUUAUUUUUGGUUCAAUAAACAUACAAAAUUAUUACACUA